AUGACCGAGAUCAAAAGUUUGGAAAUCCGAAAAGAAAAACGAAAAACGGAAAAACUCCUUCACGAAAUGUUACCAAAAUCAAUGGCCUAUCGUUUGCAGAAAGGAGAGCAGAUCUGUGCUGAACAGUUUCAAUGUGUGACAGUCUUCUUCAGUGACAUUGCCGACUUCACUGAAAUCUCUAUAAAUAGUGCGCCUAUUGAUAUUGUGCGCUUUCUAAACGAUGUCUAUAAUUUCAUCGAUAGUCAAAUAGUGAAAUACGACGUGUAUAAGGUUGAAACGAUAGGAUGCGUGUACAUGGUGUCCAGUGGCAUUCCCAGCCGCAAUGGAGACAGGCAUUGUGCUGAAAUAUCCAGGUUGUCAAUCGACCUUAUACAGGCCUGUGAUGAAUUCGUCAUACCCCACAUGCAAACUCACAAGCUCCAGUUACGCAUUGGAGUGCACACAGGUCCCGUGGUUGGCGGCAUUGUGGGCAACAAGAUGCCACGCUACUGCUUGUUCGGCGACACUGUCAACACGGCCUCGAGAAUGCAGUCCAACGGACUUCCCCAUCGCAUCCAUAUCAGUCAGGCCACAGACAGCGCCCUGCAAAAAAUUGGAGGAUUUGAAACCAAGCUCAGAGGCGAGAUCAAUGUGAAGGUAUGUACAGUUUUAAGCAUCCAUUCGCAAUGUUUUAAUUGUCACCUAAAUGUUUUAAACAUCAUUCUAUUGCUUUAA